UGCCUGACGGAGCGGAGUUGGCGGGUCGGCUUUGCCUCGCGCGCUGCUCGAGUGCUGCUGCUGCUGCCGCCGCCGCCGCCGCGGUAACCGCCGUAACCGCCGCCUCAGCCCCUUGUGUGAGGGGAAAGUUGGGGUGGGGGCUUCCCGGCGGCUUCUCGGAUGCGGCGGAAGCAGAAGCGGCUGCUGCAGGCGGUGGGGCUGGCGCUGGCCGCCCUCGUCUUCCUUCCCAACGUGGGGCUUUGGUCGCUUUACCGGGAGCGGCAGCUGGAUGGCGGCGGCGGCGGCGAUGGCAGAGAAGCGGCAGGCGGCGGAGGCGCGGGGGGAGCCCGCGGGGCGGCGGCAGCUGCGGCGGUACCGGCGGCAGCGGCGGCAGCAGCCCGAGGAGAAGCGCAGGGUUUCCAUACAAGGCAGAAGAAAGAAGCUUAUCUUGAAAACAGACAAAGGAAAAAGGACUGGCAUGACAGGGAUGCUAUAAAGAAAGACUUGCAACGUACAGGAAAUGGAGAACAGGGAAAACCGUAUCCUAUGACAGAUGCCGAGCAAGUGGACCAGGCAUACAGAGAAAAUGGCUUUAAUAUUUUUGUGAGUGACAAAGUUUCUCUCAAUCGAUCCCUACCAGAUAUACGACACCCAAACUGCAAUAGCAAGCUAUACCUGGAAAACCUCCCCAACACCAGUGUAAUAAUCCCAUUCCACAACGAAGGGUGGUCAUCACUUCUCAGAACAGUGCACAGUGUUCUCAAUCGCUCUCCUCCUGAACUCAUAGCUGAAAUUGUACUGGUGGAUGAUUUCAGUGACAGAGAACACUUAAAAAAGCGCUUGGAGGACUAUAUGGCCCAGUUUCCCAAAGUGAGGAUUCUCCGAACUAAGAAGAGAGAAGGGUUGAUAAGAACUCGUAUGCUGGGAGCUUCUGUUGCUAUAGGAGAUGUUAUUACUUUUUUGGACUCUCACUGUGAGGCCAAUGUGAACUGGUUGCCACCCCUUUUAGACCGCAUUGCUCGAAAUCGCAAAACUAUUGUUUGUCCAAUGAUUGAUGUAAUUGACCAUGACCACUUUGGCUAUGAAACACAAGCUGGAGAUGCAAUGCGAGGUGCAUUUGACUGGGAGAUGUAUUACAAGCGGAUACCCAUUCCUCCUGAAUUACAGAAACCUGACCCGAGUGACCCUUUUGAAUCUCCUGUAAUGGCUGGAGGACUGUUUGCAGUCGAUAGAAAGUGGUUCUGGGAGCUGGGAGGAUAUGAUGCAGGCCUGGAAAUAUGGGGUGGAGAACAGUAUGAAAUAUCAUUUAAGGUAUGGAUGUGUGGGGGUCGUAUGGAAGAUAUUCCUUGUUCCCGUGUUGGUCAUAUCUACAGAAAAUAUGUUCCUUACAAGGUUCCUUCAGGAGUCAGCUUGGCAAGAAACCUGAAGCGUGUUGCUGAGGUGUGGAUGGAUGAAUAUGCAGAGUACAUUUACCAGAGGAGACCUGAAUAUCGGCAUCUGUCUGCAGGAGAUGUGACUGCUCAGAAAGAACUUCGCAGUAAUCUCAACUGCAAAAGUUUCAAGUGGUUCAUGAAUGAAGUUGCUUGGGACUUGCAAAAGUUCUAUCCACCAGUGGAGCCUCCAGCAGCUGCCUGGGGAGAGGUCCGUAAUGUAGGAACCGGCCUCUGUGCAGAUACCAAACAUGGAGCCCUUGGUUCCCCACUACGGGUUGAAGCCUGUGUGAAAGGCAGAGGAGAAGCUGCCUGGAACAGUGUGCAGCAGGUGUUCACAUUUAGCUGGCGAGAGGACAUCCGUCCAGGAGACCCCCAGCACACAAAGAAAUUCUGUUUUGAUGCUGUUUCCCACAACAGCCCAGUGACUCUCUAUGACUGUCAUGGAAUGAAGGGGAAUCAGCUAUGGAAAUACAGGAAAGACAAGACUCUUUACCACCCAGUAAGUGGCAGCUGCAUGGACUGUAGUGAGAGUGACCGAAAAAUCUUCAUGAGCACGUGCAAUCCUUCCUCUCCAACACAGCAGUGGAUAUUUGAACACACAAAUUCAACAGUCUUGGAAAACUUUAACAAGAAUCUUGAUCUUUAAAGACUAUCUAUAUGUAUAUAUUACAGCUAUAAUUUUUACAGGGGAGAUGACAAAUUUUUUAAAAGAAUAAUUUUUUAAAAACAAUAAAAGGGAAAAUCUCAGGAGAGGGUUUGACUAUCAGGCCAGUCUUUACUUUGAUGAUGCUGCAUCCCAUUAACAAGAUGUCUAGAAAUCUAUAUUGCUAUAAUCACACCACAGAUUGAAACCUAGUUCUCUAAUGCAGGACCGUAUCCUUUCAUAAUCUUCUAGUUUUUCAGCUAUUAAGGUCACAUCUAAGCCUGCGUAUUUUUCAUAAGGGUAAUGUGCAACUGUCAUGAAUUCUGCACCACAUUGUCUCAAAGCCAAACCCUUAGAUCCAUACAGCAGCCAAGGAUUAGUGUUAAGAUAAUGCAUAUCUCCAGUCCAGAUGGUUUAAGAUCAGUGUUGGCACUGGCUUUUUACACUGACCCUUAGUUUUGGUGGCAUGAAGUUGUUCAUUGCACUGGAGCUCUUGGAUACAGCCAUUCCCUACCAAGAGAGAGGUUUGCAGUUGGUCGACUACAAACCCUGUGGGGAUUAGCUGCAUGAGGAACUUCCAACUGCAGCCCAUCCCCUGUCAAAAGCUAAAUGCAAACCCCUUUCAACAGGCAUCUUCCUUUGCAGCCCAGCUUGAGUUCAAACGUAGGAAGAAGAGAGUCAGAAAGGCUCUUGGAGUACACUCCCAAUUCUUUCAUUUGAAGCUGGGCUGCCUGACAUGGCAAUGUCAGCUUAUUGGCAGGUGGGUGGCCCUACCCACCUGUCAAAGUAGUCUUAUUGGGAGGGGAGGGGAACUCAGGAUCCCACCCACCAGACAGAUCCUCUGCCAGACCCCUGAGUUAGGCAAAUCAGCUGAGUCAUGGAUAAUAUACCUGUUCAUGGACAUAUGACUUGAACUCAAAAGACCCAGUUAUACAAACAGAACUAGGGCUAAAAUUCUAAGAUCACUCCAUGAAAUUUAAUUCCCCAGUAACAUGGGUGAGACCGACUUCCAAAUAAGUAUGUUUUAAGAUUGCAGUGAAAUUCUUAGUGUUUAACUUUACCUGUUAACUUACCUGUUAAACCAACUUAUAACAUCCAGCCACACCUGGGACUGCAUGCACAACAAUAUCCUACAAUAAAAUGACAACUGCAGUGCUCUACAAAAGUAAAGGAUUCAUACAGUGCAGCAUCUUUCACAGCUUAGGCCUCCCUGCAUCUCAUUCCAAUUGACUUAAAUGAUCAUCUUUAAAAUCUUCAUUGAAAAUAACUGGAGUGUGAUUCCUGUCAGUUUUUUAUAUUCACAAAUUUGAAUUUACAAACUCCCCAGUUCUGUGUUAGCUGCAGUUUUACUCAGCAUUUCCCAUUGCCCAAUAUUUUUAGGUUAGUGAAUUGGGCAAAAUAUUUUACAGCACAAUUCUCUUGGCUUCAGUUAGACCUUGAUAUCAUUAGUUUUUCUUGACGUAGUUAAACCUGCAUUUUUGUUCAACUCAGGCUGAGAUCUGUUUUAAAAUUUUACUAGUGAUAGAUGAUUUCCUGUGGGGAUUUUUAGAGGAUUGUUUUUAAUGCCUUCCCAUGUGUUAACAGGUGCUAAUUUGCCUCUUCCAGUUCUACCUCACUAGUCUGUCACUGGUUAUCAAAACAAUGGCUCAUGGUACACUCAGAAGAUCAAUUCAUACUUAGAUUUAUUUAUUUUGUUCAGUUAAGGGAAAUAAACCACAUGCAGGGAUUUCCUGUUAAGGACACCAAUAUGAAAGGAAAGAGCUGUUCUGGGUGUGAAGACUUCCUUGUGCAUAUAUAGACUGCUGGUCAUGACCUCUUUCCUUUAUUUCUUCCAACGCUAAUUUCUUUCACCUCAGUUCUGAUCCCAUGCUAGCUGAAUUUUCUGCUCCUAGUUUGUUCCAGUCAUCCUUAUGUUUUUCCAUCAAAAGUAAUAUGUGUCUAAUUUAGCAAGCUAGUACACCUUCAGUUAAUGAUACAUCUAAGAACUAGUGCUGUUUGCAGUGGGCUACUAACCAGAUGGCAAAGUAACUGGAAUUUAAAAAUUAAAAAGGCCAUUCAGAUUUCAUAUUCCCCGUUUCGCUGCAGAAUCACAUACCCCUCUACUUACUUCCCAUCAUCUUUUUGUUCCCUGUAAUGUUUUCUCUGCAAUAAAACUGAAGGCCAUUGUCUAAGCAGGGUGAAAACAUAAUUAUGCUGAAUAGUCAAUACAUAGGUUGAGUUUGAAGUACUGUAAUGUUUUAGUGUUCAUGCAGUAGUAAUCUUUACAACAGUCCUGCAAAGUAGACCAGUAUUAGUGCAAGGCUGUCUUACAAGUUCAUGACUGAGGUGAGACUUCAAUUUAGGGAGUUUUUAUCUUGCAAUCUCAGACACUUUACUAUGUUGCUCUAGGAAAGUUUCUGUGAUUGCUACUAACCUGCUGAAACCAAACGCCAAAAGCCAGAUGUUAAAAUAUUCUUAAGAGCUUCCUCUCUGCAGCAAUAUAAAUAUUUGUCAAGUUACAAAAUAUCUUAAACAUAUUUAACUCUGGCUGAGUGGCGAUCUCUGCACAUAAGUAAUGCAUUCAAUCCUGGAAGCCCCAGGCAAUGGUUUGAAAGCAUUGUUAGCAGGCCACCUGCUGGUUGAGAAAUGAAAAUGCAUUUUACUACUUUUAUCUGUAAUUAAUCUUCUGCUUUAUUUAUAUUCAUAAUAACUAAAGCAUGAGUCUAUAAAACCACAUUUGCAUGCAUGAUAAGGGUGUCAGAUAACAAAACUGAAAAGACUUUGCUCUUGAAUAUUUUAGGAUGUGUAGCUAAGAUUCCUGGUCACACUUCAGUUACUUGACCUCAACUUCCUUGUGCUAAGCAAAAAAACUGUUCAGUUGUGCUGACACUGAGGCUUUUGGAGGAAAGCAGUGUGCACAGUAUUAACAUGCACAUUGGGUGUCCGUGUUUUGUUCCAGUCAGGCCUGAUUUCAGCAUAAUUGCUGCUUGAGAAGCAGCUCCAUAGGAUGGAUCAAAGAGAGUGGGGGGGGGCGGUGGGUAGGUUGAGCAAGCAGUUUGUGUGAAAUGGCUCCCUACGUGGUUGUAGUGAUUUCAGCAUGGCAUCUCAAUUCAAAAAUCUAAAUGUUUUCAAUGGUUUGGUUGAAAUGUGUGGACUGAAAUGUGUCUGUUGCUAGCAGUGAUAUUAUCUGAAUCCUUCAAAGCCAUCUGAAUAUCUUGGCUGCAGGAAAUAACCCCAUCUGGUUUAAAAAAUUCUUGCAUUCAAACAUACACCUUUUGUGGUCUUAAGUAAUGUUAUAAAAAUCAAAUUUAACAGCAUCAUUAAAAUAAAGAAGUGCCUUUUUAAAUGCAAA